AUGCAGCCCAGUCUCUCCGUGCUGAUAAUGCAGGUUAUUGCUCUCUGUUCGACAAUGAUUCACUCCACGAAGCGACUGGUUAGUCUCGUCCCUGGUGUAUAUGAAGGAGGUAUAGACUCCGACAAAGAACUGUCUAAAGUCUUCAAUGUGCCUUUGCCUCGGUCCAGACCUAUGAGGAAGGCUUGCACGUGGGCAGUGGGCCGCAAAGGACCCGAAGAUCUUGGAGACGCAGCUAUGACCUAUGAGCAGAGAUCGGAAUCCAUGUUCUGA